AUGGCGGCGGGCAUGCUAGUGGAGAUCCUUGAGCUCCUCUCCGUCCUUGAUGAACGCGUCGCGUGUGGCGUGGCGCUGACAGAUGUGGACCCGUUGAUAGUCAAUCCGAUCAACGAAAAAUUUCCCAGGCUGGUCCACCUGGCCUCGUUCUUCGCCGAACACCCGAGGCACGAUUUUCACGGGCACCUCGUCGCCAACGCGACGCGGACCGCGACACGUCCAUUUAAUGCGACGUUCAGCGACAAGAAGCCCGUCUACGCGCUACAGUACCACUGCGACGCGUACGAGAAUCGAUGGGUGCCCACCGUCGUUUUUCAGUCGAAGCCCGACACGCCGACGAAAAGCGACGGUUUUCUCGUCGUGCAGCUCGAUCCGUUCGACCUGAACCUCUGCAACGAUCCGUCGGUGGCCGACUGUAGCACAAAGUGCUCAUGGACGGUGCAGGGUGGUGUGCGCGUGCUGGCGAAGGCUUGCUGUGACGAGGCGGGGUCGACGGCAGUCUGUCGAGAGGACUCUGAGCGCGGCCGCAGCAUGCUGUUGCUGUUCAACGCCGGCUGCGCGCUCAUCUGCCUCAUGUUGAUACCAGUGGUGAUCAACGCGCGGCGAUCACAGCACGAGGGCCGAGGAUGGGCCCUGAUGGAGCUGUUCCUCAUCGGCGCCUCAAUUUUGUAUUCUAUUUUGCUGCUGGACUGGAUCGCGCCGGCGGCUGCGGGUUGCUGUGCGGCCGUUUGGCUGCGACAGAUCGGAUUCUCCAUCUUCUACGGCUCAAUUGUGCUCAAAAUCUAUAGGAAUCUUCAAGAAUACCGGGUCCGCAAGGCGCAACACGUCUCCGUCCGCGAACAGGACAUGCUCAAGUACUUGACGGCCAUGUUGGCGUUGACAGUUACAGGCCUUAUCGCGUGGACGGCAGGAUCGUGGGGAGAUGUGGAUCUUUGGAGAACAGCAUGGCCGCAGUGCUCCUUUCAGAGCUGGUCCUUCAUCUGGCACCUCUACGAGAUCCUUUUCCUCGUCUACGGUAUCCGGUUGUGUAUCAAGGCGCGGAAUAGCGACUGGUUGGAAAGAUGGCAAUUCACGGUGGCCGUGUGCCUGGAGAUGGUGUGCACAAUUGGGAGUAAUCUGAUGAGAUGGGCAUUGCGAGAUUCUGCACAUAGUGACACACUCUUCACUAUCACUUUUGUACAACUACAGCUGACUGUCUCCGUCAAUAUUGUCAUCAUCAUCGCGCCAAAAUUCUAUCUGGUGGGU